AUGGGGAGGAGUCCAUGCUGCGAGAAGGUAGGGCUGAGGCGAGGUCCCUGGACUUCCCAAGAAGACGAGAUCCUUAUCAACUACAUUACUCAUAACGGCCAUGGCAACUGGCGGUCCCUACCCACACGCGCCGGCCUGCUCCGAUGCGGCAAGAGCUGCCGCCUCCGAUGGGUGAAUUACCUCCGGCCAGACAUCAAAAGAGGAAACUUUACGGCGGAGGAAGAGGAAACAAUCCUCAAACUGCACAACGAGCUCGGCAACAGGUGGUCUGUCAUAGCGGCGAGGCUGCCGGGGCGUACGGACAACGAAAUAAAGAAUGUGUGGAACACGUAUCUCAAGAAGAGGCCCCCCACCAGAACAUCUCAGCCGUCGGAUCAAUCGGUGAUUAUUUGUAGUAAUUGGGAGAGGGAGAGGGAGAGGAAUUCCACAAAGGACGAGGAGGAGAGCUUCUGGUCGGAGGUUUUCUCCGGCGACGAAUUGUCGGCGCCGAGGAGGAUCAGUUAUUCCAUCCUUGACGACUUUCCCUUCUACUAUCUAAAUAAUACUAAUAAUAUUGAUAUGGAAGAAGACCACAGUGGGAAUCAUUUCUGGAUCUGUCCCGGGUCCUGACCACAUAGUAUUUCAUACUUAAUUAUUCUG